UACUGAGUUUAAAGACUCGUGCAGCUGCACAUGAACACAGGUAGCUUCGUUUUACUGAAGUGAUUUCACACGUGGCCCGAGCCGCUGCGCUCGCGCCACAGUCUCGCGGCAGCUGUCAAUCAACAGCGCGGAGGAAUCGGGAAAUACAGGAAAGUCUGACCUACCUCCUCCUCCUCCUCCUCCUCCUUUGUUGUGCAGUCUGUGCUCGAUCACUUCAGGGAAUUAUAUUAAAGGAAGGGAGCAGGACCGAUCAUAUGAUGACUUCUCAGACACACUGUUCAGACCUGGUUUCACAGUCUGUCCCGCAGGUCUAAGACUGACAGUGCGACAUGGAUCACGGCUGCCAGGACUGGAUGUCAGCGUUACCCCAGGAGCUGUGGGACAUCCCUCUGACAAACCUGGCCAUACCUGGGAGCCAUGAUGCCAUGAGUUACUGCCUGGACAUAAACUCCCCCCUGGUCAGGUCUGAAUCAGACUGCUUCAGGCUGCUGGAUGGACUUUUCUACUGCUUUACCAGACCGGUCAUUUUUAAAUGGGCCACCACACAAGAUAAAAGCAUCGAGAAGCAGCUUUCGAUGGGGAUUCGCUUCUUUGAUUUGCGUAUCGCACAUAAACCCAAUGACUCAUCCAGCGACCUGUACUUCACUCACGUCAUAUACACACACAUAACAGUUUUGGAAACGCUGUUUUCUGUUGCCACCUGGUUAGAGUCUCAUCCUAAAGAGAUCGUUAUCCUCGCUUGCAGCCAUUUUGAGGGAAUGGACGACAGAUGCCAUGAAUCAUUCAUUUUCCACCUGAAGAAGCUGUUCGGCUCAAAACUCUGCCCCCGGAAGGAAUCAGUCCUGACCUUGCGGAGUCUGUGGGCAUCUGGUUACCAGGUCGUCCUGUCCUACGACUCCCAGACUGCAGAGAGACACCAGGAGCUGUGGCCUGACAUCCCCUACUGGUGGGCCAACCAGCGCACAGCACAGGGAGUGAUCAGUUACCUGGACAGGAAAAAAGAUCUGGGGCGUCCAGACGGCUUCUUUGUCUCAGGCCUGAACCUGACAGCUGAUAGGUAUUACAUCACCACGAACCCGAAGCAGUCCCUGCGGACGCUGACCUUCAGCAGCUGGGAGUGUUUGAAGAAAUGGCUGGAGGAGCAGGUCCCCGGGUCGGACAGCAAGAGCCUCAACAUCAUCGCAGGAGACUUCGUGGGGCCGCUUCCGCUCUGCUCUUUGGUCAUUGCACUGAACCAAAAACUUCUUGGGAAGAACGCCAGUCAGAUAAAGAAAGAGUACCAGCUGUGAUUAUUCCACUGGAGCUGAUGCCAGAACAACCAAACAGCCACUGGAUACCUCGUUUUCUCUUUUCUACAUUGCUGUCGGUUUAUAUGCACUUUCGUCCACAUGUAGAUUUUUAAGUGGAAGAAAAUUUUAGAAAAAAAAAUCUGCAGAGUUUCUGCAUUUCUCACUUUCAUUUAAGAUGUUUUUUUUUUUUAUCUACAGCUCUAAUGUGAAAU